UAAAUAUGCCGGUAUAUUCCAGAAUGAUAUAAAUAAGAAAGAGCUCAAGGCUGGCUGAGCAUUGCUUCUCGACUGGCAGCUGGUACGCAUCAUUUCUAUGUGCGUCGAAUCCGCAAAAGAUGGUGUUUAAAGCUGCAUUGCUCACUUUGAUAUGCGUCAAUAUAUAUAUUUGCCAAAGCAGAAACCCUUCGUCUGACACAGCUAGAAAGAGCGACAUCAACUCAGAUUCUGCAGCCGAUGCUAGAAAAGACAGUGUAAGAAUAGGGCAAACGAGGAGGAACGAAGGACGCUUCAGUGAUGAUAAAAGCAAACAUAUGAAAAAGGUGGACGCAGUACGAGAUGACAUCGACGGGCACGAUGCAAGAAUAGAUGACGUAAAAAGAGAUGAUACAAGAAGGGAUGACCGGCGUAUGAAUGACGCAAGGGACGACAAACGUAGAGCUCAGACAAGAAGAGAUGAUGUACGUAGAGAUGACAUACGCAGCAAUGAUGCGAGAAGGGAUGACCGGCGUAUGAAUGACGCAAGGGACGAUAUACGUAGAGAUGACACAAGAAGAGAUGAUGCACGUAGAGAUGACACAAGAAGAGAUGAUGCACGUAGAGAUGACACAAGAAGAGAUGAUGCACGUAGAGAUGACAUACGCAGCAAUGAUGCGAGAAGGGAUGACCGGCGUAUGAAUGACGCAAGGGACGAUAUACGUAGAGAUGACACAAGAAGAGAUGAUGUACGUAGAGAUGACAUACGCAGCAAUGAUGCGAGAAGGGAUGACCGGCGUAUGAAUGACGCAAGGGACGAUAUACGUAGAGAUGACACAAGAAGAGAUGAUGCACGUAGAGAUGACACAAGAAGAGAUGAUGCACGUAGAGAUGACAUAAGGAAUAGAAAUAAGAACGACGCAAGAAGUGAUGACAUACGCAACGAUGAUGCGAGAAGGGAUGACCGGCGUAUGAAUGACGCAAGGGACGAUAAACGUAGAGAUGACACAAGAAGAGAUGAUGCACGUAGAGAUGACACAAGUAGAGAUGAUGCACGUAGAGAUGACACAAGAAGAGAUGAUGCACGUAGAGAUGACACAAGAAGAGAUGAUGCGAGAAGGGAUGACCGGCGUAUGAAUGACGCAAGGGACGACAAACGUAGAGCUCAGACAAGAAGAGAUGAUGUACGUAGAGAUGACACAAGAAGAGAUGAUGCACGUAGAGAUGACACAAGAAGAGAUGAUGCACGUAGAGAUGACACAAGAAGAGAUGAUGAACGUAGAGAUGACAUAAGGAAAAAUGAUAGAGACAAGAACGACGCAAGAAGAGAUGAUAUAACUGGGAACACGUCCGUUGUUAAAAGGUCAAAAAGAGGUGUUGACUGCGAGUAUAUGGGUGGACUUAUAAAAGAUGGAAGCGAGAAGGUUUUUGAGAGCAAUGGACGGAAAACUAUAGUACGAUGUAUUCAUGGAGAACGCGAGUAUGUGUUCAACUAAUGGAUUGACAAUCAAAGUGAACAUAUUUGAAUGAAGUGUUUGUCGUAAUGUCGCAAUAUCUUAUCCUUGUCUUCCUGUAUAAAUGCUUAUUUUGAGUCUUAUUAGAAAUGAAAGAAUUGAAUAAGGU